CUCUUUGUUUUUUUUCCCCUCUUCAUUUUCACAACUUUCCCUGAAAAACUAGAGAUAAAAUCAAUCAUGGCUCGAGGGAAGAUCCAGAUCAAGCUGAUAGAGAACUCGACCAACAGGCAAGUCACGUAUUCGAAGAGAAGAAACGGUCUUUUCAAGAAAGCUAAUGAACUUACAGUUCUUUGCGAUGCUAGAGUUUCGAUCAUCAUGUUUUCCACUACUGGUAAACUCCAUGAGUUUAUCAGCCCUUCCACCACAACGAAGCAAGUAAUUGAUCAGUACCAGAAAACCUUGGGGAUCGAUAUCUGGAACACCCACUAUGAGAAAAUGCAAGAGCAGUUGAAGCAGCUGAAAGAGGUUAACAGGAACCUGCGCAAAGAGAUUAGGAGAAGGAUGGGCGACUGUUUGAAUGAUUUGAGCAUCGAAGAUCUUGGUGCUUUGGAACAAGAAAUGGAGAGCUCUGUCACUCUUAUUCGUGAUAGAAAGUAUCGUGUUCUCUCCAACCAGAUCGAUACUUCCAGGAAAAAGGUGAGGAAUGUGGAAGAGAUACACAAAAAUCUCUUACAUGAACUGGAAUCCCUGAAAGAAGAUCCAUAUGGAUUAGUUGAUAAUGGAGGCGAUUAUGAUACCCUGAUCGGGUAUCAAAAUGGAGGUCCUCGUAUAUUUGCUUUACGCCUGCAGCCAAACCAUCCUAGCCUUCACAGUGGCGGAGGCUCCGAUCUCACCACCUAUCCCUUGCUUGAUUAAAAUAUCUAUCUCGCCAUGAUUUCCGUAUCCAUAAGCUAAGUUCAUGCACUGUUAAUCAUAUAAUAUUGCUGUGAAAGCAAAAUUGGUGUGUACUGUUACUUUUACUUUAAAAAUUAUCGUCACUUUUAUUAUGUGCCUAUGGUGUAUCGUAUCUGUUGGAGAUUAUGUAUUUGAUGAUUAUGGAACAUUUUCCCGUUCUUCGUUUUCUAAAUUUCUGUAUUUAAAUCUUAUGUUAAAGAUAUAUUUGGAUAUGUGUAUGCUUUGAAUUGUUGGAUAA